GCCGCGGCGGCUCAGCCGGAAGAGGAGGAGCCAGGCCUGGAGGGUAUCCGAGAGUUACUACCGCUCCUGCUGCCGGUGUUUGCGCGUCGCGGGGAGCAGGGCCUGGCGGGCGGGGUGUGUCGCGAUGCCGGAGCUGGCGGUGCAGAAGGUGGUGGUCCACCCCCUGGUGCUGCUCAGUGUGGUGGAUCAUUUCAAUCGAAUAGGCAAGGUUGGAAACCAAAAACGUGUUGUUGGUGUGCUUUUGGGGUCAUGGCAAAAGAAAGUACUCGAUGUAUCCAACAGUUUUGCAGUUCCUUUUGAUGAAGACGACAAAGAUGAUUCUGUCUGGUUUUUAGACCAUGAUUACUUGGAAAACAUGUAUGGAAUGUUUAAGAAGGUCAAUGCCAGAGAAAGAAUAGUUGGGUGGUACCACACAGGCCCUAAACUACACAAGAAUGACAUCGCCAUCAAUGAACUCAUGAAAAGAUACUGCCCUAACUCAGUAUUGGUCAUCAUUGAUGUGAAACCAAAGGACCUGGGACUGCCCACAGAAGCAUAUAUUUCAGUGGAAGAAGUUCAUGAUGAUGGAACUCCAACCUCAAAAACAUUUGAGCACGUGACCAGUGAAAUUGGGGCAGAGGAAGCCGAGGAAGUCGGAGUUGAACACUUAUUACGAGACAUCAAAGACACUACAGUGGGCACUCUUUCCCAGCGGAUCACAAACCAGGUCCAUGGUCUGAAGGGACUCAACUCCAAGCUCCUGGACAUCAGGGGCUACCUGGAGAAGGUGGCCACGGGCAAGCUGCCCAUCAACCACCAGAUCAUCUACCAGCUGCAGGACGUCUUCAACCUGCUGCCGGAUGUCAGCCUGCAGGAGUUUGUCAAGGCCUUUUACCUGAAGACCAAUGACCAGAUGGUGGUGGUAUAUUUGGCCUCACUGAUCCGCUCUGUAGUCGCCUUGCACAAUCUCAUCAACAACAAGAUUGCCAACCGGGACGCAGAAAAGAAAGAAGGGCAAGAAAAGGAAGACAGCAAAAAGGACAGAAAAGACGACAAAGAGAAAGAGAAGGAAAAGAGUGAUGUAAAGAAAGAAGAGAAAAAGGAGAAAAAAUAAAACGUAGCUUUUUAAUUUGUAAAUUAAAAUCUUGUAUACUAACGCAUUGUGCCGCCAGAGGGUUCUUUAAAGUGCUUGUUAAAAAGCUGUAUUGAUGAGAGCUCUCUGGAUAGAGGGACUGAUCUUGAACCUAAACUGCAGCUUCGGCUACUGUGAGUUGGGGAGGUGAUAGCUCAGGUUUCAGACUGUGUGAGAAAAGUGAAGAGAAGUAAGCGUAACAUUUUUGGUACUCUCCCUACUUUUAUCUAUGAGACCAGGAGUUGAAUUUUUCCCGUCUCAAGAGACUCUAGGGGUCUGUUUCUGGCCGUCUGCAAAAUUGCAGAAUGGAAUGCAUGAAUUCCUUAAGUGCUCUGCCUUGGAACACUUUGAGGUCUGACCCUCAGGACUCUGUGAGAAUACUGCCCCGCGGGACUUCUCAGACUCGUAGCUCUGGUAUUCUUGGGGCUUGGGAUCAAGAUAUUGUUUACCUUCAAAGACACAAUUAAAUGGCUUGGUUUUUAA